CUCAUGCGUGCGUACUCAGCUUCGGAGCUGAUAUGAGUGUACACGUAAUAUUUUUCAUACGCCUCGGAGUAAGGCCGAUCGGUAAUAAGGAACUAGUGUAAGCGAAUGAAAUGAAAGUCUCAAGGGACAUGCUUUAACUUCCUUCCGCUCUCCACAAUCAAGCAGAUUGAUAAGAAGUUUUAACCUUCUUGUCAUUCCCCAAUAAUGUCUACAGCUAUGACAUCAGGUGGCGGUCAUCAUCACCAUAGCGUACAUCCAUCAGAUUUAGAGGUAUUGGACUCAUUAACAAAUGUGCCUUCCACUUCGACCGGUCAUGUGAACGGAGUAUUAAACGAAAGAAGACCUUCGAGAAGACCUUUGGAUACUCUUCAAGCAUUGCGACGGCCUCCAAUCGAUCCAAUCGUCCUCGCAGCAAGUCUUUCAUCAGGUCCACAUGUUACAAGACAUCAUUUCUUGCAUAGCUUCGGACCAAAGACCGAAAGCAAACAGAUGACUAGAAGUCAAAGAGCGCAGAAGAGAAGAGAAGAAGAGGAAGAGGAGGAAGCCAGACAAAGAGCUUCAUCUUCUCGUCUUGGAACACGACCAAGGGCAGGAUCAUAUGCCAAUUGCGAUGCAGAUGAUGAUAUUGGCGAAAGAGCAAGACGUGCGAAUGAGAUCUCGCAAUCCAUCCUUGAAGAAUUGGGUGAAGCCCAGACAUAUCAAAGUAAGCAGAUGCCGCGAAGUGAGAGGCUGAAGAAGGAAAAAGAAGCUCAAGAAGCUAGAGAGCGUCAAAAGGUGGGAGCGAUGAACCCGGCUACAGAAGAAGGUAAAGCUGUUUCUAAGAAGAUCGACAAGCUCAAACAGCAAGAAGCCCGACCGAAAGCUGUCCGAUUAGCCUCCCAACAGCUUGAUGAUGAAUUGUUGCAACGCAAGAGUGUGAUUGAAGCAAAGCAAAAUCAACAAGCACAAGUACAGCAACAGCUUGCUAUCAAUCGCCAAAGCACACCAAUCACAGAAACCGUUCCUGCAACACCAGCUUUCUCAUCUAUUGUCAGACCGCCGCCGCUCACAAUCCGGUGUUAUGCAAGAACGAGAAUACCUACUCCGCAUGGAGAGAUUUUCUGUCAUCUUUAUCGAAAUAAUCGGGAUCAGAAGGAGCAUCUUGCAUUGGUGAUUGAUCCAGCUCAGAAUGCAGCAGACGAUAGAUAUGCAAAUGCACCGGGUCAAUUUAUCCGAAGUAAAACGUUGGAUGAAGUUUGGGGACCUACUGAAACAGAAAUGGAACGUAUCGUUCGAGGUGCAUAUGUCGGAAGGCUUGGACCAACCAAUCAACAAGCGAGCAAGCAAGGUAUGCUUACUUCCGAUGCUGCUGCUGCUGCUAACGUCGAACCACCUUUGGUCAGAAUCCAUUCGGAAUGUUAUACAGGCGAAACGAUUGGAUCGCAAAGGUGUGAUUGUGGUGAGCAAUUGGACGAAGCAAUUCGUUUGAUUCAUGCUGAUGCUCGGCCUGCAAAAGGUGUGGUGGUAUAUCUGCGUCAAGAAGGCAGAGGUAUUGGGUUGCUGGACAAAUUGAUGGCAUACAAUCUACAAGAUAUGGGUCACGAUACAGUGGCAGCCAAUAUCUUACUUGGUCAUUUGGCUGAUGCACGUAAAUAUGAUAUAGCAGCAGAAAUUUUACGAGAUUUGGGCGUUGGCAGUUGUCGGCUUUUGACAAAUAAUCCUGACAAGAUGGAGGCUUUAGAAGCGGAGGGUAUCUCGGUCAACAAACGUGUUGCAAUGGUGCCAAGAAUAUGGAGAAUGCAUGCGCCCCCCAGAAGAAAGCUGAAGAAUUCUCAAAGCAAGAAAUCUAGCCGACGUAAGGCUAGAAAGUCUAAAGGUUUGGAUUCAAGUAUCGUGUCCCAAUUUGAUGGAGGAAGUACGCAUGCCACUGGAACGACUGACGAAGACGGCGAUGGGGAAGAUUACGAUGAUGAAGACGAUUCAUUCAGUGAUUCUUCACGAGACUCUUAUUUGGAACAUCAUCAAAGACGUGCGGGAGCCACAAUGAUUGGAGCCAGUUUAACACGUGGACCAGAACUAGAGAAAUACUUGCGUACGAAAGUUGAAAAGAUGGGUCACCUGCUGGAUGUACCUGCCGAACAAGUUCAAUCCGCUUUAGAACAAAGUCAGCCAGAGUCUGGCCCUGCAAAAGAAAGGAAACAUCGACCUCGCCAACGUGACACAACUGAUUCUUCGAUUGGCAAAUUUGACACAAGUGAUGGAGAUACGGCCGGUACGGAUGAUGAACCUUUGAUGGAUGCGGCAGAAUUGCAGGAGUAUAUCACCUCACAAUCACAAUCUCAUGAGGAAGAAGGAGGAGAAGAGAUUCUGAUUAAUGAACAAAAGGAAAAGUACUGAGUCAUAUAUGUUUGUUGUUGUAUAGUGUUUGCAUAAUUGAUUGGCUUAUUCACU